UCUUCAUUUGACAUCUUUUCAUUUUCUCACCAACCCUACCAAAUCUAUCAAAAAACUUGUCCUUCUUUUCAUUCUUUAUUUCAUUUUGUUUUUCUUCUCUUUCAAUUCUUGUGGUAGUUGUUCAAAUACAUUGCCAUUCUACCAAACUCACCCUAUAUAACAAAACAAAGAUACAAACAAAUUUAUCACAACCAUGUUUCACACACAAAGAUAACCCUUCAUCAAAACCAUCAAUUCUUCAUGAGUUUGUGAUAUGAUAGUUUAUUAUUAAUUCUUAUAAUCAUCACAAAUCAAUAUUCUUUAUGGCUGCUACAAACUCAUCAAUAUGUAAUAAUAACUUGUAUUCCUCCACAAGAAAACAUUCUUUAUCAUGUCAUUCAUAUGCACCACCACAUUUGAUGAGUUUUGUUAGUUUUAGGAAAGCCAAGUUAGGUUUUGAGACCAAGAAAUUGGAAUGGAAAAGAGGAAGAAGAGAAGAAUUGAGAAAAUGGAGUGUGAAGUGCACUGCAGAAGGAAUAGAUGGAGGAAUGUUUGUGGGAAGGAAAAGUAGAGAAAAUGGCAUUGUUGUUAGUAUUCCUGAGAGGUAUAAGGUUGUGUUAUUGUUGGCAUGUGUUAUGUGUCUUUGUAACGCUGACCGUGUUGUCAUGUCGGUUGCUGUUGUUCCUCUUGCUGCUAAACAUGGUUGGUCUAGUUCUUUUCUUGGCAUUGUUCAGUCAUCUUUCUUGUGGGGUUACAUAUUCUCUUCAGUGAUUGGUGGAGCAUUGGUAGAUAGAUAUGGAGGAAAAAGGGUGAUGGCUUGGGGUGUAUUGUUGUGGUCUUUAGCAACUCUCCUUACACCUUUAGCAGCCAACCACUCAACAAUAGCCUUGUUGGCAAUUCGCGCUUUCUUCGGACUAGCUGAAGGAGUAGCUCUUCCAUCCAUGAGCACUCUCUUAUCAAGGUGGUUUCCAAAUAAUGAGAGAGCAACUGCAUUUGGAAUUUCAAUGGCUGGAUUUCAUAUAGGCAAUGUCAUAGGCUUGUUGAUAACACCAAUUAUGCUAUCAACUAUUGGAAUUUUUGGUCCUUUUAUAUUAUUCUCAUUUAUUGGUUUACUAUGGGCGAUGACAUGGUCGUAUCAAGUUACAGAUGAUCCUUCGGAAAGCAAUUUUAUCAACAGAUCAGAACUAAGAUUGAUCCAAGCUGGAAAAACUGCUUCUCCAAAGAAGAGUAACAAGCUUCCUCCUAUAGGCCUUAUUUUAUCAAAAUUGCCAUCAUGGGCUAUAAUAUUUGCCAAUGCAACUAACAAUUGGGGUUACUUUGUUCUUCUCUCGUGGAUGCCGGUUUAUUUCAAAAGUGUAUAUAAUGUGAAUUUGAAGCAGGCUGCAUGGUUUAGUGCAGUUCCAUGGGCAACAAUGGCAGUUUCAGGUUAUCUAGCUGGUACUGCAUCAGACUUCUUAAUCAACGCAGGGUACCCUACAACAUUUGUCCGAAAGAUCAUGCAGACAAUUGGAUUUAUGGGGCCAGCUGUUACCUUGAUCUGCUUGAAUUACGCCAAUACACCAACAAUGGCAGCUACACUCUUGACUGCAGCUUUAAGCUUAAGCUCUUUCAGUCAAGCUGGUUUUAUGCUCAACAUACAAGACAUUGCUCCACAGUAUGCAGGAAUUUUACAUGGAAUAUCAAAUUCAGCUGGAACUUUAGCAGCUAUCAUAAGCACAAUUGGAACUGGUUAUUUUGUACAAUGGUUGGGAUCAUUUCAAGCAUUCCUAACUAUAACAGCAUGUCUCUAUGUUGUGACAACCAUUUUUUGGAAUCUUUUUGCCACAGGAGAGCAAGUUUUAUGACUUCUUCUCAUUGAAAAAUUACCCUUAGUUUUUUUCUAUACAUCAGAAGUACAGAAAAUUACAAAUUUCAAAAUUGAAAUAUUUUCAGAUUAAACUGCACAAAUAUUAUGACAACUCUAGGCUACUUAAAAAUGUCAAAUUGAUGAAUUUAUGUGGUUAUCAACAAUCAACAAGUUAGAUGAACAACAGUGUGAGUUUGUUCAUCUAAAUGUAGUAAAUUGUUUAAAACAGUGUAAUGGUAAGGUAUUGUUAUGAUGGAGUAAUUCUUCCUGCACCAAAUUGUAUAAAGAAAAUGUAAAGGAUAAAUCAUGCUAAUCUACCUCAGAGUUUCUUAUAUAUUAUUGAUUUACCAGA